AGCUCCAGUAUAUUGUGCAGCGGAUGUAGUAGUAACCUCCACUUAGGCUUACUAGCAACGCUGUUAUGGAUCUUCAGUUGAAAGCAGCUGUUUUUGUGUCAGGCGCUUCGGGGACCCCUGUGCUUUGAGUAUUUCCGGUGACGGAUUGAGCGUCUGGCGACGGCGGAUUGAAACUACAGAGCAGAGAGAGAGAAGGCAAGAGGAGAAAAGCAGAGAGGGGGGGAAAUGAGUGGGACUUCAACAGGCUGCUGCUGAACAAACUUCUCAGCAAAUGCCAACCCACUAGCCUGCAAAUCCCUUUAUUCUUGUCUGAAUAGACAGACGCGAAGGUUUUUUUUGGACUAUUCUUUUUUUUUGUUUGCAUUAUUUUUAUUCUGGAAGGCUGGAAGUUUCGAAGUUCAAAUUUAUCGCCCAGGGAGCCAGAUGUCAGCCAACAGCAGCAACUCGUCUCCUCCCGUGUCGCAGAGAUUGUUGCCGCCGGUGUUGCCGCUGCCCGCCUCAUCGCCGACCCCAUCGCUGUCCUCGCCCGCCACCGGGCUCUCUGGCCGCCUUUCCAACGGCAGCCUCAGCGCCCCGAGUCCCACCAAUUCCCGGGGAUCCUUCAACGGCGUCUCCUUCCUCCUACAGAUCGGCCUCACUCGGGAACCGGUUACUAUCGAGGCACAGGACAUCUCCCUCUCCGCCGUCAAAGACCUCGUCUGCUCUAUCGUGGACCAAAAGUUCCCAGAAUGUGGCUUUUUUGGAAUGUAUGACAAGAUCUUACUCUUUCGCCAUGACCUCAAUUCUGAGAACAUCCUACAAAGACUGAUAUCAGCGGAAGAAAUUCACGAAGGGGACUUGAUUGAGGUUGUUCUUUCUGCACUAGCUACUGUUGAAGAUUUCCAGAUCCGACCACAUGCUCUUUAUGUACAUUCUUACAAAGCCCCAACUUUCUGUGACUACUGUGGAGAGAUGUUAUGGGGAUUAGUACGUCAAGGCUUGAAAUGUGAAGGAUGUGGGCUGAACUAUCACAAACGAUGUGCCUUCAAAAUUCCAAACAACUGUAGUGGAGUGAGAAAAAGACGGCUGUCUAAUGUCUCUCUGCCAGGGCUCUCUGUUCCAAGACCUGCACCAUCGGACUCUGUCUCAGAGGAGGGGCUGCAUCCUGGGAUCCAACCAAAAAGUGAUGAAAUUCGUUUAAUCAAGCGUUGCCACCAGGAAACCAGCAAAAGAAUCCCCUCAUGGAGUGGACGUCCAAUCUGGAUGGAAAAGAUGGUGUUAGGGAGGGUGAAAGUACCACACACCUUUGUCAUACAUUCCUAUACACGCCCCACUAUCUGUCAGUAUUGCAAGCGAUUAUUAAAAGGACUGUUUCGGCAAGGAAUGCAAUGUAGAGACUGCAAGUUUAAUUGCCACAAGCGAUGUGCAUCCAAGGUGCCCAGGGACUGUCUUGGUGAAGUCGUAUUUAAUGGAGAACCAGCCAGCCCAGGACCUGAUUCGGAUAUGCCCAUGGAGGUAGAUAGCAGUGACAUGAACAGUGAUGGCAGCAGAAUGUUGGAUGACACUGAAGAGCCAUCUACGUCCGAAGAAAAGUUAUACUUUAUGGACUCAUCUGAUCUGGAUGGUGACAAAGAUGAAGAACCUGUCAGAACAAUCAGUCCUUCAACAAGCAACAAUAUUCCUCUCAUGAGAGUAGUACAGUCUGUCAAGCACACAAAAAGGAAGAGCAGCACAAUGGUGAGAGAAGGUUGGAUGGUCCACUACACCAGCAAAGACAAUCUAAGAAAAAGACAUUACUGGAGGCUGGACAGUAAGUGCCUUACACUGUUUCAGAAUGACACUGGAACCAAGUAUUACAAGGAAAUCCCAUUGUCAGAAAUCCUGCAAUUGGAUCCACCUCGGGAUUUUACAAAUCUGGCUCAAGGCAGCAACCCUCACUGUUUCGAGAUCAUAACUGACACCAUGGUGUAUUAUGUUGGAGAGAAUCUUGGAGGCAACUACCAGAACCAUGCCCUGGCUGCCACAGGAGUAGGUUUAGAUGUUGCUCAGAGCUGGGAGAAAGCCAUUCGACAGGCCCUAAUGCCAGUCACUCCACAAGCCAGCGUCUGCACCACUGCAGGACAAGGCAAAGAGCACAAAGAUCUGUCUCUCAGCAUUUCUGUAUCUAACUGCCAAGUCCAGGAGAAUGUGGAUAUCAGCUCCGUGUACCAGAUCUUUGCUGAUGAGGUGCUAGGUUCAGGGCAGUUUGGAAUAGUAUAUGGUGGAAAACACAGGAAGACUGGAAGGGAUAUGGCAAUCAAAGUGAUUGAUAAAAUGAGAUUCCCCACCAAGCAAGAAAGCCAGCUUCGCAAUGAGGUGGCCAUUCUUCAGAACCUUCAUCAUCCUGGAAUUGUAAAUCUUGAGUGUAUGUUUGAAACUCCUGAAAGAGUCUUCGUCGUCAUGGAAAAACUCCAUGGAGACAUGCUGGAAAUGAUUCUGUCCAGUGAGAAAAGUCGGCUGCCAGAACGUGUCACCAAAUUUUUAGUCACACAGAUUCUGGUGGCAUUGAGACACUUACACUUUAAGAACAUUGUACACUGUGACCUGAAGCCUGAGAAUGUACUACUUGCCUCAGCAGAUCCUUUCCCUCAGGUAAAGCUCUGUGACUUUGGAUUUGCACGUAUUAUUGGUGAGAAAUCAUUCCGACGAUCUGUGGUGGGAACCCCAGCCUACCUUGCACCAGAAGUCCUCCGGAGCAAAGGCUACAACCGGUCCCUUGAUAUGUGGUCAGUGGGUGUUAUAAUCUAUGUGAGCCUCAGUGGCACUUUCCCAUUCAAUGAAGAUGAAGAUAUUAAUGACCAGAUUCAAAAUGCAGCAUUCAUGUAUCCACCAAAUCCAUGGAAAGAAACCUCUAGCGAAGCCAUUGAUCUAAUUAACAACCUGUUGCAAGUAAAGAUGAGGAAACGUUACAGUGUGGACAAGUCACUCAGCCACCCUUGGCUACAGGAUUAUCAGACAUGGUUGGAUCUCCGAGAGUUUGAGACCAGGAAAGGAGAACGUUACAUCACCCAUGAAAGUGAUGAUGCGCGUUGGGAAGAAUAUUCCCUAGAACACUGUCUGCAGUAUCCCAAACACUUCAUCAUGGCACCAAAUCUGGAUGAUAUGGAGGAAGAUCCUUAAUGUAUCAAACUGGGCAAAUUGCCGUGACUGAAUAAUAUCACAGCUGUGUUGUGGAAAUGUACUGCCACUGGGGAAAAAGGAAGCCAAGACUUGUUGCUGCUUGUUGCACAGCACAGCCAAAGUGGAUUGGAUACUGCCCAGCUCUUUACAUCAGCCCAUGUGACAAUGUGGGGAAAUGAUGUAAAUGAAGACUGUGCAACCCUGUAGCAUAUUUCAGUUGCACAGGUGCAGACUUGGUGACUGGUGUUUGUGGAGAAAGAGGACAAAUGAAUGCUGUGAGCUUUAGAUUUUAAACCAAACAUUCCUUUUCUGGUAUUUAGCUGGUUUAAUCCUAUCCACCCAAGUACCUCUCUGGUAACAAGUCACUUUGUACCAAGCCAUAAAUUUACUUGUUUACUAAAUGCAAAGCUAGACCAGACAAUCUCUUUUUCACAAGUGUUUUUUUAUACUUCUAAGAGAUGGAAAGUUAACUGCGAAAAAAAUUUGUCCAUUGUAGGACAAGGGCUAUUGCUUGGACCAAAUUCAGUUUAAAUAAGGAUCUCUGGUUAAUAAGGUUGGUUGGCAGUUUCAGAGUAAAUCACAGUUUGUUCCAUUUUGUACACUCAACUGUUUGAUUGUCUUUACAUGUUCUCUCCAGAGAAGGUCAUAGUGGUAUAGACAGAUCCUGGUUGCUGGGACAGUAUUACUAUAUGAAGGGUCUCUUUUUAAAAAAAUGACACUAUUGCUUUCAUUGAUUGCAUUGUGAAGCUGAUGUAAUCAAGUCACCAAAACAUUCUGAUGCGUAAGUUUUUAAAAAGUAAAUGUAAAGCUGUAGCAUCUCUUUGCUAACGCUGAGUAUAACAUUGGCAGACCAAUAUCUCCAGAAGUCAUUCAAUUGCUGAUCGAUUUGUACUGUGGUUCAAAAUAUGACAAUUAGUGCUACAAUAAAGUGACAUCAGUUGGAUUAGAAUGAAGAAAUGGUGCUAAAGGAGGAAUACUGGAGUCCAAAGCCCAUUUAUAAACAGGACCCAUUACACCGGAUUAAGCUAUAAACUCUAGAGUGGAGCCUUAGUGCAGCUGGGGGGAGUGCAGUUUCUGGGAUUUAAGCUGUAAUGACCUGUUAUAAUGCACUCCUGUCACCAGAGGGCACUGCAGAGACAUUUUCGUAGCUGCCAGGAAAUCUAUGACUUAACUCCCAUCUGGUUCCAGUGUAAGAAAUAUGGAUUUGUCAUAUCGUACUCACUUCAUAAUAGUGGAAGGGCAAAUCCCACUUGUGUGAAACCCAUCACUUUUAACCAUUGUAAGAUACCAGUCUGUGCUGCCGGUCUGUGUUCCACCAGUUGAGGAUGUGUCACUGUUCUGUCAGCUGCUAUCAAUCAGUUGAUUACUGGCAGCAGGAAGCUAGUAAGUAUUACUUUAUGCCUGCGUUUGAACAUUCAUGUGAAGAUCUUUGCCAUAUCCUUCCAACCAGGGAACCACAUUAAUGGAGAUACAAGCAGAGGAAUAAUGCUGUUUAUGAUAUCAGAAAAGUCCACAGUCCCAUCAGAAGUGAAAUCCUUGGCAGCAUUAUGACAACUCCGAACUCCAGUGAUUUGCUCCUUUACAGUUGAGGCAGUGCAAUUCUUAUGUUGUUGAGGCCUUUGACUUUGAACUUCAUGUAAAUACAAAAGUCUCUGAACCAGUGGGGGGAGGCAGUGAGUGCGUGGUGGAUGCGUGUAGGGGAAGUUUUGCUGUUCCCUUUGUCUUGUCUCUCGAGCAGUUUUAUCAUGAGUUUUUCACUUGACUUACUGGACUGCCUAAGUGAGGCAAGCAGGAAUUGAAAGAUAUCAUGCUCAUUAUUAUAUUGAAAUGCAGCCUGGGCAGGACAGAGAAAGAGGCACCUUUUUUUUUUACUGUUUGUCUGAUCUAAACUCUUGGAGAAACGACAUAUGACACAAUGCAUAACUUGCACAAGACAGGCUAUGUGCUUCAAAGGAUAACAUGAAAUAUAUGAGCCAACCCCCCCUUGAAAGUAGCACCUGCUAAUGACCUUACUGUAUGCACUGCGAUGUAUAUAUGAGUCUGAGAUCUAAUUGGCGUUAAAUAUUCCACUCAUACAUGGUUUUAUUCAAAAGUACCUUAUCUUUUCCCUCCUGAAGUUGAAUAACCUUUUUUUUUUAAAUCAUUUGGAUUCAAUUUCAGCAGUUUGUUUUUAAUCAGAUGUGCACUUUUGACAAAAUAAAUAUCUUGGCACCACAACUUAGAACAUCAAUCUUUUAAGGGUUAGAAAUGAUUGGUGAAAAACAAUCGAUUUUAAAAUGAACAAUACGAAUCCUAUCACAAAUAGCAGUCGACCAAUGCUUUUCAAUUUAGGCAGGCCUAAAGAAGAGUUUUGAUUGGUUGGCAAUCAUUUAGAGUCCAUACUCUUUCCGCCUCCCAACAUACAUAAAUCUUGACCUCUGAACCUUCAAUUGCUCAGUGUCCGUGCUGCUGCUAUGAAGUUGGGAAGAUCACAGGUAGCACCAAUCAGAUUUGGAGAGGUUAUCUGGCUGUAUUAGCAGACUGCACUCUCUCAUUUAUUUGAGACUGGACUGCUGCCUCUUCCAUGCCUCUUUUGUUCCACCGCUGGAGACUAAUGAAUGGAUUUAAAAAGUUAAAUUCUUGGUAAGUUGGUGUAUUCAUAGCUCUGCAGUGUCCCUGGCAAAGGGUGUCUUGAAGCCAGUUUUUUUUUUGUUUGGGAGAGGGAAGAACCUGUGUUGCCCAUGUGCAAGUAAUAUCUUGCAUGGGAUGUGUUGCUGUUUACACUAAACCUCAAUCUAUUCAAGUAGUGUAGUAAGGUGGGGGGGGUGGGGGGGGUGGCAAUCCCCGUUUCUCAGCAAUAAUUAUCAUUUGCUGUAGUAUUGUUGCAUUACACAUCUUUCAAUAAAUUUGGGCUGUAUUUUCUGUCCAUUUACAACCUUGGUCAAAAGGCCCAUUUCAUUGUAUGCAGGUAAACCUGAAAUAGUAUGCCACAGUGAAUUGGUUUCAGCGUACACAUCCUUAUUUUCAAAUCCCAUUCAUUACCACAUCCCAUUCUACUUGAGAAAUCUUCUCCAACCUUCACUCCCAAUCUGCAGUCUCUAUUUCUCUGCCUCUGGAUCACCAGCUCUGGAUUUACUGCAUCAUUAGAGAUGGAUGUUGCAGCUACAUACACCCCUGGCAUUCUCUUCCAAAUCCACCUCACCUAUUACCCUUCUCCAUGCUUUUAUACGGCUGCUAAAAACCUCUUCAACUGUGCCUUAGAUCACCCUCCCCAACCUCAAAACUACUUUAUUUAUUGCUAAUGUCUACCUCUCCCUUCUGUAAAAUUUUAAUAUGCUAUUUUAUGUGACGAGUGGAAUAGAAAUGCAAGUUGUUGGCAAACUAUUUUUUCCACAUAUUAAAACAAUUGGCCUUCUAAAGAAAAAUAGCACAUGUUGUAACAUAAAAACGCAUUUAAUUUAACACGCAGUGCUGUAUGGACCUUUGAGUUCAUUUGAAAACCUGUCUAUUUUAAGAUGCUGUAACUUUUUUAAUAUGAAAAAUAAAUUCAACCAAUCUGAUUUGCAGCUAAAACAAAAAUGAUCAGUUUUCUGCCAUGCUGCAACUUCAAAAAAGAAUUUCAUUGAAAGAUAUUAAUUAUUACUGUCAUAUGAUGGCUGUUAUAAAAUUGGGUUCAAAGAAAAGGUUCAUAUAUGAGGAAACAACGUGUAAAAUUCAAUGUGGAUUUUCUAUGGAGUAUUUUGACAUUAAAAGUGUCCGGCACAUUCACGAUGCUGUUUGAGGCGAUAGUCAGUCGUAGAGCAAAUAGAAUAGAUAAAUAAGCUAUGAUUUUACCCUUAUGCGAUGCGAGAAAGAUUUUCCAACAUUUUGUAUGCUUAGAUUUUGUACAGAUGCACAGGGACCACUAAAUUUGAAUACUGCUUACUAUAGUGUUUGUUGCUAUUGGAAUACCUGAAAAAAAGGCUAAUAAAAGGCAGAAUGAUAUUUUGAAGCACCAGUUGCAAUGAGACCAAGACUUUACCUGAGAAACAUUUUUUUUGUUUGCAUUUUGUGAACUUGCUGCCUGCAAAGUCGAAGAAAUGUAUAGUUGAGUUUUAAGUAUUUUUUUUUGAGGGGGGAGGAACUCCCAUUUUAUGCUUUAGUUUUAGACUGUUUUGCUUAUAUGUGUGUAUUUAAGUGUGCUACACUUUGUCCUGUGUUAGUCACAAUAGUGUGUUAUUUGACUAAAUAAAUCGUGCACUCCAGUACUGGAAGAUAAUAUAAGGAGUGAAGUAAACUUGUUAUAGUCACAAACAUUCCCAAAAAUAAACUUUACCCAGUGGCUUUAGCUCUGGUUUCAUAUAUAUAGUUUUAUAUGUUGAAAGUGUGAUGUCUGUUGUAUUCUUUGCUCUAACCAUUUUAUUUUAAGUGCAAUUUUGGCAAAGGAAAAACAUUUAAGUUUAGAAUCUAUUUUAAAGAUUUAAGAUAUUAUCAAGAACAAGGUUUACCUUAUUUUCUGAACCUAUUAUGAUUAGGGGUGUGCAAAUAUACCAGUACUUGGAUUGUGAUCUUGUGUAAUCAAAUUAUUAUAAAAUUUUAAUAAAUGGAGCACAGCUAAAAAGAUAUGUCAUAUGACAUAUUUUGUACAGCCAAAUACUAUGUUGUGGAUUCUGCUUGGAGAGCAGUUUUGGUUUAGCAUCAGAGUUUGGCUGCACACACCUAAUUAUCGACCGGAACCAAACUGGGCACCAGAAAAGGUACAGAAACAAAGUUACCACGUUGGUGGAGCAAAGAAUGUGAAAUCCAAGUUUCCCUUUAAAUUUGAGUUGAUUUAGGAAAUUUUCUUGAAACGCAAAAACUGCGUGGUUACCAAUCAUGGUCAUUGUAAAAAUGCUUUUGCAUUCCUUGUCUUUUACCUAUUUAAUAUGGUUAUUCUUUCGUUGUUACUGUUUUUCCUUAAGACACGCUGAAUGUUCUGGAGUUGGUUUGUCAAGGCAAGUAAAUGCUACAUGUUUGGUAGCUCUACGCUGAUUAGUAAAUUAAACUGUGUUUGUAGGUUGUGCAUUCCCAAUUACAUGAACAAACAACUGUUUCCAAUCUUACUGUUUGUUGUUCAAUUUUAGUGAUGUGCCAGUGCUGCUGUAUUUUUAUGGUCCAAUCCAGCACGCUCAACAAUGUUGAGGUACAGGCAAUGAACAGAAUAAUGCAACUCUGCAUCAUUUUGAGUGGUAAAAUACACUUGCUAUAAGUUAUAACCACCUAGAAUUAAUAGAAAACACAUUUUGAAAGGAAUCUGUUUAAAUAAGUUGUCCCAACAUUUAAUAUUGACUAUCUUUACAAGACCAUCGUUGGUCUCUGAUAAUUGAUAACAAUUCAACUCCAUUUUAAAAACUGCACUGUUAAUAGAAGAUUCGAACAGUUUUUGGCUCACUAAUGCAUAUAGAAUAGGCAGAUAUUUGUUCAAAAAAAUAUGUACUAGGGCAAAGAUACUGAGACUACACCAGCGGUGUCAGUAAAUCCUAUUACCAAUAAAAGAAAUCAUGCUCACAGCAUGACUUGAGAUAUGUAUGUCAUAUUACCCAUGCCAUAUACCUGGGUUCUGGUACAGACUAUAAUAACAAAACUGCUGCAAGUUUCCAUUUUUAUUAACAUUACGUCCCAAAAAAUUAAUUGCAGCUUGCAGUUCAAGGGCUAAAAAUUAAAGAUGAAACCAAUGUGUUUUAAUUUAGAUUUUGGGACAUUUUAUGUUAAAGGCGCUAUAUAAAUACUUGUUGUAGAAUUAUUUUUUGUAUUGGCUUAUCCUACAAUAAUUGUUGCCUUUGUGUGUUUGCUUCUGUGCGAUUAAAAAGAAAUUCAAUUUUUGCAUGCCCAGUUUUGUGCUGAAUAGUCAUGAGAUACUGGAGGUGGUUUAAUAAGGGCUCUCCAGCAUCUUUACACUGCACUUUAGCUGGUCAGUGUAGUUGCUGUGGUCCGUACUCAUUGUUGUGAAGUGUGAUGGAAAUUAAGGAACCAUAGACUUUAGACAACAGCACAAAGGACCAAUUUAUGGUGUCUGUUAGGGAAAUAUUUACAGGCUAUUCCUGAGAAUCUUUACAUCAUCAGUAUUGCCACUGGCUUGGCAGGAGUCUUAUGGAAAAGUGUUUUUGUAUAUUUUAGUACCUACAGUUUAAUAAAACUCUAAUUGUAAUUUCAAA